AUGGUGUCCUCUAAUAACGGCUCGCUGUUGCGUACUCUACUGCUUGUCGCAGCCAAUCUUCUAAUUCCCGCCUCAAUUGUCGUCUUCGCACUGGGAUUUUUCCCUUAUAAACCAUUUUUGCCUGGACUUGCAGAGUUCGAACCUCUCGACUUUGGGUCGCCUCCCGAUGCGCCAUUCGAUCGUUUAAUUUUCAUGGUUGUUGAUGCCUUGAGAAGCGAUUUUGUGUACUCGGACCUCUCGGGUUUUGAAUAUGUUCAAAACCUCAUCCGAGAUGGCAGCGCAAUGCCCUUCACGGCCAACGCCCGGUCACCCACGGUUACUAUGCCGAGAAUAAAGUCUAUGACUACUGGCUCAAUUCCUUCCUUUGUUGAUCUGAUAUUGAACUUUGAUGAAGCGGACACUUCGUCGACCCUCGCUUCUCAGGACACUUGGUUAGCCCAGAUCAAAGCAAAGGAGAUGGGGAAGCUUCUCAUGUAUGGCGAUGACACCUGGCUGAAGCUGUUUCCCAACACCUUUGAUCGCGAGGAUGGAACUUCUAGUUUCUUUGUAGCGGAUUUCACCGAGGUAGACAAUAAUGUUACCAGGAACGUUGCUCCUGAGUUGGAGAAUAGCGACUGGGGUCUCAUGGUUCUUCAUUACCUUGGCUUAGAUCAUAUUGGGCACAAGGCUGGGCCCAAAAGCUCAAACAUGGUUCCUAAGCAGCGUGAAAUGGAUAGUAUCGUCCAAACUCUGUUCGAAGCCAUCGAGUCCAAGCCUCAUUUGGGUUCGACAUUGCUCGUUCUCUGCGGUGAUCAUGGCAUGAAUGAUGCUGGAAACCAUGGCGCUUCUUCGCCUGGUGAAACAUCGCCCGCCUUGGUUUUUAUGUCCCCAAAACUAAAGACAAUCGCCUCAAAACUUCCCGCGCCAGCUCAGCCAAAGGAUGAGUUCGACUACUACUCUAUGGUUGAGCAAUCCGACUUGGCACCAACAAUUGCUGCCCUCUUGGGCUUCCCAGUGUCCAAGAACAAUUUGGGGGCUUUCAUUCCGGAUUUCCUCCCAUUCUGGCACAAAACCAGCGAUCAGAUCCAGAUUCUGGUUCGCAAUGCUCGCCAAAUUCUUAACAUUGUCACUGCUGCUUUCGGCAAUGAGUUAUUCGACGCACAGAGUGGUACUGACCCAUGUGCUUUGGAGCAAACUGAAAUCAACGAAUUGGCCUGUCAAUGGCAAAGAAUAAACAAGGAGGCCCACGUCCUCGCAGCUGGCGACAAAUUGGAUCAACAAUGGCUUGAUGAUAUGUCACAGUGGCUCCGUCGCGCACAAGAUUUGAUGAGCAGUAUGGCUUCGAACUACGACAUGCCCAAACUGUUCAUCGGCCAGGGAGUUGCUGCUGCUGCUGCCAUUGCGAGUGCGAUUGCCCUUGUACGUCUAGGGGCUCACUGGGACGGACAAGUUCUGCCGUUCGCUCUCCUUACUCUAUCCUACGGCGUCAUGAUGUACGCAAGUAGCUAUGUCGAGGAGGAACAGCACUUUUGGUACUGGGCCUCGAGCAUCUGGCUUGUGAUCCAGGGUGUACUCCAUGUCCGCAGAAGAAAUAGUCUGGCGGACAUUGCUUGGGUCUUUGUUGCUCUUGUAGUAUUGAGACUGACCAGAGGCUGGAACCAAACUGGCCAAAAGUUUGCAGGAAGCCCAGACAUUGUCAAAAGCUUUAUCGUCACACACCCUCAACUCCUCUGGAGCAUUCUUACCCUUGGGUAUAUGAUCAUGUCCUUCCGCUUUCUCGCGUGUCUAAAGAGCCUCCCCUCAAUGGCUAGUACUAGUAUCACUUCGGUUCUGCUCAUGUCUGCUUAUAGCUUCAAACUUGACUUUACCAGCGAGGAUGCCCCAGAGCUAGUCGUUGGCUUCGCCAGAACCUUGAACGACCUAUUCGUAGGACAGUCACUGCUCUGGAGGGCUCGAACAGCCUUCAUCCUCCUCGGUGUCUUAUUCGGUUAUGGCAUCUAUCGCUCAUUCACUGGCGGCCGAAACGGCCAGCGGCAGUCAGCAUACCUCUUUCACCAUCUCUACACCAUCUUUGGCAUGACCCAAUCUCGUGCUACCAACAUUCCCCUCUUCUUCCUCUCCGAUAUUCUCUUCCAUUCACUCCAGGCCACUGACCUCUCUGUGACCGGAAUUGCCAUCACAGCCAUUCUUCUUCAGUACACAACAUUCUUCGCUUUUGGCGGCUCGAACGCCAUCUCCUCCGUCGACCUUUCCAGUGCGUACAAUGGCAUUGGCGGCUUUAACUUCUUUGCCGUGGGCUUCCUCACCCUUGUUAGCAACUGGGCUGGUCCGAUUUUCUGGACCUCUGCUGCUAAUAUCCUCCUGCUGCGCAAGUAUCAUGAGGGUCAACGUAAUGCCUUUUGGCAAUAUAUUACCUUGCAGACUCUCUUUGUCUCUGCUGCAGUUACGUUAGUUAUGGCAGCUUGUACCUCCUUGAGGACACAUCUUUUUAUCUGGACCGUCUUCUCGCCUAAGUAUCUUUACUGUAUGGCUUGGAGUCUCGGACAACAUUUGCUGAUCAACAUUGGUUUUGGGGGCAUGCUGUUCUGGUUGGGGACACUCAACUAG